UAAUGUCAAAAUUAAAAUGAUAGGAAAAUGCAUAUGGUAACAGUGGCAGUUCAUGAUUGGCUGAUCAUGCGGAAAGAGAAUCCACUUGUCAAUUAAAAAACAGAUGAUGAACUCAGAACUACUCUACUCUCCGGGGAAGACCAAACAAGAGAUUCUUUUCUUAGGACUCCAUUUUUUUGAGGUGUUUUCCAGAUUCUUUUCUUCAGGUAUUGAUUACUGUUAAUUAUAUUUAAUUCCAUCUAAUGCACAAUUGAGUGACUCAAAUCAAGAAGUUUCAGUUUCUUUUUAGUUUUGUUAAACCUUGUUUUGUUCUUGUGUCAAUUGUUUCUUCACCUUCUCAGAUUUCUUUUUGUGUAUGUAAUUCGACUUGUAGAUAACCUUUUGGCAAUACUUUCAUGGGCUUCUUCCCUUUUACUGAAUUAGCUCUUCUCGAUCUGUUUGGUUGACAAGAAACACAAGAUAGAAAAUUUUCAAAAGUAUAUAUUUUUCCUGUUUCUUGUUAAGAAGCCAUGUCAUCUUUUCCUUCUUGUCCAUCAAACCCAAAAUCCAUCUUAGUGGGAAUGGAUUCUCGUUUGGAGGAGUUGAGCUCAUAUAUGGAUAUAGGAGUACAGGAUGUUCGCAUGGUAGGAAUUUGUGGAAUGGGAGGAAUAGGAAAGACAACCAUUGCAAGAACUUUUUACAAUUCUCUGUCUUAUCAGUUUGAGGGCUCGGCCUUUCUUGCCAAUGUUAGGGAAGUUUCAUCGAAAGUUGGCCUGGUUUCUUUACAAGAACAGCUUCUUUCUGAAAUUCUUAAGGAGAAAAAGGUUAAAUUAUGGAAUGUGUAUAAUGGAAUGGACAUGAUAAGAAGCAAGCUACGGUUCAAAAGGGUGUUGAUUGUUAUGGAUGAUUUGGAUCAACUAAACCAAUUGCAAAAACUAGCUGGAAAAAUUGAUUGGUUUGGUUCAGGGAGUAGAAUUCUUGUUACUACUAGAGAUGAGCAUUUGCUUAUUAGUCAUGGAGUGGAUAAAAUAUACAAGGCUAAAGGACUAGAUAAUACUGAAGCUCUUCAACUUCUAAGUUUAAGAGCCUUCCAAAAUUACCAGCCUCCAGAAGAAUAUGAGAAGUUAUCAUCUAAUGUGGUGCAUUAUGCCAGUGGCCUUCCAUUAGCCCUUGAAGUUUUGGGUUCCUUCUUGUUUGGUAAAACUUUGGAUGAAUGGAGAGCUGCAUUAGACAAGAUGAAAGAAAAUCCCGAAAAAAAAAUUUUGGAUACACUUAAAAUAAGUUUUGAUGGAUUAGAGGAUACAGAAAAACAAAUAUUCCUAGAUAUAGCAUGUUUCUUCAAAGGAAAGAACAAAGAUCUUGUAAUAAAGAUAAUGGAUGGUUGUCAUUUUUACCCCGAUAUUGGAAUAAGAGUUCUAAUUGAUAAAUCUCUUAUAAGAAUUGUUGGUCGAAGGUUAUUGAUGCAUGAUUUGCUACAAGAAAUGGGUUGGAAAAUUGUUCGACAAGAGUCCCCAAAAGAACCUGGAAAACGUAGUAGGCUGUGGCUUUAUCAGGACAUCUUUCAUGUCUGCACAAGAAAUUCGGGAACAGAAGAUGUUGAAGGCAUUGUCCUAGACUUGCAACGACCAAAACGGGCAUCUUUGAGUUCUAAAGCUUUCGUGAAGCUGAACAAACUCAGAUUGCUGAUAUUUCAUAAUGUGAACUUCUCAGAGGGUCUUGAAUAUCUUUCUAAUGACUUGCGAUUUCUAGAAUGGCAUGGAUAUCCUUUCAAAAAAUUCCCAAAAACCUUCCAAUCCAAGGAACUUGUUGAAAUUAAUAUGUGCUACAGCAAGGCUAAACAACUUUGGAAGGGUGUAAAGCAAUUUAACAAGUUGAAAAUCCUGCAACUCAGUCACUCCCAAAGUCUUGUCAAGACACCAGACUUUAGAGGGGCUCCAAAUCUUGAGGAGCUUAUUCUUGAAGGUUGUACAGAACUGCAUGAGAUUGACCAAUCCAUUGGGAUUCUUGAUGGACUAGUUUUAUUGAACUUGAAAGACUGUAAAAUGCUUGAAAGUGUUCCGAGCAGUCUAUAUGGCUUAAAAACCCUUAAAAUUUUAAAUCUCUCUGGUUGUUUGAGACUUGACUACAUGAUGGAGGAAUUGGAACGUUUGGAAAGUUUGGAGGAGCUUGAUUUAAGUGGAACUGCAAUAAAGCAGCCAUCUGCUUCUCUCUCACUCUUCAAGAAUCUUAAGAUGCUAUCGCUCAGAGGAUGUCAAAGACAACUGCCUGAAACUGAGAGGUCCCUCUUAUCUUUCUUGCCAGUUAAAGGCUCAAAUUUGAUGGGUUUUAGCUCUCUAAUAUGGUUAGAUCUUAGUUAUUGUGGUCUGCAGGAACAAAUAGUCCCUAACAAUUUCAGCUCCUUACCCUCAUUAUUGUCAUUAAAUCUGGAUGGAAACAAUUUCCACACCUUACCUGCAAGUAUCAAUGCAUUUCCUAAGCUCGAACAACUCCAUUUGGAUGAUUGCAAGAUGCUUCAAUCAUUGCAAAAACUUCCAUCAAACUUGAAUUUCGUAACAGCACAAGCAUGCACUUCAUUGGAAAUUUUAGACCUAUGCAGUUUGCAAUCUUUGCGAUUAAAUCUUUCUAAUUGCUUUAAGUUGGGUGGGAAUCAAACCCACAACAGCUUUGUGUUUACAAUGCUAAGAAAAUACCAGAAGGGGUGUCUCUCUUUCUCUCAUAGAGAAGAUCAAAGUUCUGCUAUGGUACCCCGGGAAUAUAAUUUAAAACCUGGAUUUGAUGUUGUUGUUCCUGGAAAUGAAAUUCCAGAGUGGUUCAGCCAUCAAAGCUUGUGGCUUUCUAAUGAUUACUGCUCUUCUGCAACUAUACAACUGCCACCAGGGUGGGUUGAUUGCAAGUGGAUGGGAUUUGCUGUUUUUGCCGUCUUUUUAAUUAAAGAUCGAGAUUCAUCUUGCUUCUAUGAUCUAGAUCUUGCAUGUUUUAUUAAAAUCAUGAACAAUACUUGGAAGCAUGAACUUGAUAGUCGUUGUUUAUCAAUGGUGCACUAUCUUGAAUCAGAUCACACUUGGCUUUUCUAUUUGUCUCGCAAUAAGUUAUUUGAUACAGUUUCCCAGGAUACAAUCAGGACAGCUAGUCACAUUGAGGUUAGGUUCAGUAUACAUGGUACAGCCUUGUAUGUGAAGAAAUUUGGGCUCCAUGUAGUAUACGAGGAAGAGGUGCUAGACUCCAGCCAAAUAAUUAUCAGUCCUGAAGAUGAGAAUUCAGGAGUGAGUGGUGGUGCCUUCAUUAAGCGAAGCCGUGAAGAUGGCUCUAAUUAUUCCAGUGGAAGAGGCUGCUUGGACAAAGAACCACAAGCUAAGAGAUCAAAAGAGCUCUAGUGAAGAGACAUAUAUAAAAGAAGGAAGAACCUGAAGAGCAACAAGAGACUGGUUGAAAGCACCUCGUCUACCCCAAUCACCAAGGACCAAAAAGCUAAGAGACCCAUGAGGAGAUUUUGGAGGGUGUUGAAAUCGUAG